UCUUUCUUCUUCUCUAUUUAAAGCUUUUGUUUCCUCUGUGUGCCCAGCCCUCUCUUCUGCCUGUUCCUUCAACUUCAAUCUCUUUCACCUCAUAUUUCUGCACUUAAUUAAUUUUCCCUUUAUUAUUGUUAUUUUCAUUCAACUGUAUAAGAACCAAACCUUAAUUUUCGUAAGCGAGUUUCACUGUAGUUUCGUGAUCCAAGACAAUUGAAGUAGAACAAGAUUUAAAGCUACUCCUCACGAGCAACUUAAUUUGAUUCAUUCGUUUCUUUUACGUAUUUAAGACUUUGGAAGAUAUGGCUUGCAUGGUGUCUCGUUCAGGAAGGGAGUUUCAGAGAUAUGAUAACCAGGGCCGCCGUCAAGUUGUCGGAUGCAUUCCAUAUAGAUUCAAGAAUGGAAGCGACGGCUCCAUUGGUGAUGAACUGGAGGUUCUUGUCAUCACUUCGCAAAAGGGUCAAGGAAUGAUGUUCCCCAAGGGUGGUUGGGAACUUGAUGAAUCCGUGGAAGAAGCAGCUUCUAGGGAGUCACUUGAAGAGGCUGGAGUCCUUGGUCAUGUUGAGGACGAACUCGGCAAAUGGAACUUCUUAAGCAAGAGAUAUGGCACAUUUUAUGAAGGCUAUAUGUUUCCUUUGCUAGUCACCGAGCAACUUGAUCUCUGGCCUGAGAAACAUGUCCGUCAAAGAAUUUGGAUGUCUGUGGAAGAAGCUAAGGAUGCUUGUAGGCAUUGGUGGAUGAAGGAAGCCUUGGACAUACUAGUUGGGCGGCUAACAUCUGCGCAACAACAGAAGGAAGAUAAUGAUGUAUUGUCAUGCUCUUUAAGCUAGGGCAAGAUUAGAUUAAUUUUGUAAAUAAUAUAAGAUAUUGCUCAUAGAGCAAAUGAGAUAGCUACUUAAUUAAGGUUGAUAAUUGUAGAAAUUAGAGAUUGAUUGUUUCAUUUUCUCUCAUAUAUUAAUUUAUGGAAAUUUUGA